UAUAAGUGCGCGUGGCUGGUUUUAGCUCACUAUACGUACUUGUCAGUAUACAUGCGGGAAGGUCAGUAGGCAACAUGUAUGGGAAAUAUUGCCUGAUCUUAAUUUUGCAGACCUUGACAGUUGGAUCGAUAACAACCGUUUUUACAAGACCAAGAAACGAUUCAGGUUCUCAUAUAUUCAACAAUGACGUCUCAAUUUCCAUGUCGAUCAGAGCAAAAUUGAAUGGAACCUCUAUGAAGACAAAUAAUGUUGUUAAAAAUUCACACGUUACCUUACAUUGCAAAGUUUCAUUCAAUAAAAAACAACAAUAUUUGUUUAACUUGAUGUUGGUCAGCAUUACGUUCCCCAAUGGUGAAAAUGUUGUUCCUGGAAGCUGUACUGUGGAUAUGGAAAAAGCUUUUAAGCGAUGUAAAAUAGUAAUAAAGAGAGUAUCUGCAGGUGACCAAGGAACAUAUCGUUGUCAUGCACAAUAUGUAUCUGGAAACGAAAUAAUUGAGAAUUAUGACGACAUUAUUCUACGUGUAAGGAAAUAUUUGGGUCCUGUAUCGACAAUACCCCCUUUUGAAAAGAAGAGAGUUAUUGUUACCUCAAUUCAGCAUGUUGAUCCAAACCCCACUCAUCGUCCAGAGCUCCGUAAUCAUUCGCUAUCCCAAGUUACCCACUACAAGACAAAGUCGACAUUAUUAUCUACAGGUUAUGUUCUAACCAUAACAGGAAUGGUACUCAUAUCAAUUUGUAUUGUCGUCGUUAUUUUGCUGAUUAAAAGAAAACGGUGUGGCCUCGUCAAGAAGAUUAACGCGCAUGCUGAUGUAUAAUGGUUUUGACAUAAUGUGUAUAUUACUAGAGGUUCGGUGUUCUUAAUAAACUAUGAAUAUUGAAAUUAAGGACUUCAUCUGAACUUUCUUCAAUUACAUUUGAAAUAAUACCCUACACCAAAGACUACAAUAUAUCAAUGCGAUUAUAGGAGUACAGAUUCCACAGGGUAUAAGAGAAACGGAAAUAUUAUAGUUUGCAUACGUAGACGCUGUAAAUUGGAUUUCAA